AGAAGCAAAAGAUAAUACAAAGGAAGGGGGCCGGUCUCACUUCUCAGUCGGUGCGCCGUUCCAAUUUUCCGCAAUCAAAAACCCCAUCAUCGAAAUCCCAGCAAUAUCAAACAGAGACACACAUGAUGAUGACGAACUCGAUGAUGAGAGCUGUCGCUGAAUCAACCCGCCGUCGAUGAAAUGGGAGUCACAACCACCACCAACUGCUGCAGCCACUCUCCUCUCUUGUCUCGCUUCCGAUCCAAGUCUGCGUCUCCACCAACACCACCACCUCCCUCAUCUUCCUGCUCUUUUUCACCCUCACACCUGUGCUCUUCACGACCAUGAUCCUCACCCUCUCUCCCACUCUUGGAUCUCAGCUGCAGAUCCAUACCUACCCAACACAACACCAAUCUCAAUCUCAAUCCCAAUGGACCCCGCCUCUCGCCCCGCAGUAGUCAUCGACAAUGGCACCGGGUACACCAAGAUGGGCUUUGCCGGCAACGUCGAGCCGUGUUACAUUGUGCCCACAGUAGUUGCCGUCAACGAUUCGUUUCUGAACCAAUCCAGGAGCACAUCCAAGGCGAGCUGGGUAACGCAGCACAAUGCCGGGGUUAUGGCUGAUCUUGAUUUCUUCAUAGGGGAUGAGGCUCUGGAGAAAUCUAGAUCGAGCUCGACUUAUAAUCUGAGCUAUCCCAUUAGUCAUGGGCAGGUGGAGAAUUGGGAUUCAAUGGAGCGGUUCUGGCAGCAGUGCAUAUUUAAUUAUUUGCGUUGUGACCCUGAAGAUCAUUACUUUCUUUUGACUGAGAGCCCGCUUACUGCCCCGGAGAGUAGGGAGUACACCGGCGAGAUUAUGUUUGAGACUUUUAAUGUUCCUGGCCUUUACAUUGCUGUGAACUCGGUUCUUGCUCUUGCUGCUGGCUACACUACCUCUAAGUGUGAGAUGACAGGUGUGGUAGUGGAUGUUGGAGAUGGGGCUAGUCAUGUUGUUCCUGUUGCAGAAGGUUAUGUGAUUGGGAGCAGCAUCAAGUCUGUUCCGAUUGCUGGGAGAGAUGUCACUCUCUUUGUCCAGCAGCUUAUGCGGGAAAGAGGAGAGAAUGUGCCACCAGAAGACUCCUUUGACGUAGCUCGAAAAGUGAAGGAAAUGUAUUGCUAUACUAGUUCUGACAUUGUCAAGGAGUUCAAUAAGCAUGAUAAAGAGCCAUCCAAGUAUAUUAAGCAAUGGAAAGGAAUUAAACCAAAGACAGGAGCACCAUACACUUGUGAUAUUGGCUAUGAACGAUUUCUUGGACCAGAGGUCUUUUUUAAUCCUGAGAUUUACAGCAGCGAUUUCACCACUCCAUUACCAGUUGUAAUUGACAAGUGUAUUCAGUCCGCUCCAAUCGACACCAGAAGAUCUUUGUAUAAGAACAUCGUGUUGUCUGGAGGUUCAACGAUGUUCAAGGACUUCCAUAGAAGGCUGCAACGAGACAUAAAGAAGAUUGUGGAUGCCCGGCUUCAUGCAUCUGAAGCUCGAGUUGGUGGAGAAGUAAAAUCACAUCCGGUGGAAGUAAAUGUGGUAAGCCAUCCUAUACAGAGAUAUGCAGUUUGGUUCGGAGGCUCCGUACUUGCAUCCACACCUGAAUUCUUUGGGGCCUGCCAUACUAAAGCUGAGUAUGAGGAAUACGGUGCAAGUAUAUGUAGAACAAAUCCUGUUUUCAAGGGUAUGUACUGAUGCAGAUAUUUGUUUUGGCUGGAUCAUGUGCUGGCGAUUCCUGUUUAAAAUUGGAAUGCAUAGUAACCUCCUGGUAUUUGCUUGGUAUCAUCGAAACAAUUGUGCUGUCGAGAGCCUGGUGUACAAUAUACUUUACUCGAUCUCAACUUUGUAAGAGAUGCGGGGUUUCUUUUGUAAUGAUUGUUUUGUUAGGGGGCAAUAGGUCUCUUAGAAGCCAAAUAGGAAAUAGAGUACGGGGUUGAUGAAUACAUGUCCAAGUGGCCCAAAAGGAUCAGAGUGAGAAUCGCAAGUUGGGUAGACAUGAAAUGCAGUUUUGGUUUUCAGCUUAGAUAGUUGCUUUAGAUUAUCACCCUAUACCUAUUUCCAUUUUCAGUUACAAUAUACACAUUUCAGGUAGUCAGUUCAAUUCUUUUGGGUUGCAUUUGUUGUAGUACAACACUUUCUAAUUUGGGUACAACAUAGUUUUAUUACAUAUGCUGUAUAAAGACCUUAAUUGUUAAA